UGUGGAUCCCAUUCCAAAAAAAAAAAACUACUGUGGAUCCCAUUCCAAUUACCAAAUUCGAAUGAUUCUGAUUGUUUAUUUCAAUUUGUCAACAGUCUUGGAAAAUCCCUCUAUUCAACAUCUGCAAUUCGGGAACUUGGGUUGAUCAUGGAAAAUUCACAAGAAAAACUCAACACAGAAGGAGAUGGAGACGGCGAUGGAAGGAAAGCGACCCCUUACCCUUUUUCUUCUUCUCCUUCUUCAACCUUAGGCCAAGCCUCAGUUUACCACUCUGUGGCUGCUGAUGUUCUAUUGUGGAAACGACGACAUGUUUCUUUUGGUGUCAUUGUUGUUGCAACUGUUGCUUGGGUCCUUUUCGAACGGUCCGGACUAUCAUUCUUGUCAAUUUGUUCAGAUGUUUUGCUCAUUUUGAUCGUACUGUUAUUUCUACGUGCCAACUAUGCUGCUCUUAGAAACAAACAACUGUACACCUUACCAGAGCUAGUAUUGUCAGAGGAAAUGGUUAACAAUGCUGCAGCUUCAUUUCGUGUAAAAAUCAACAAUUUGUUGCUAAUGGCUCAUGAUAUUACCCUUGGCAAAGAUUUUAGACUUUUCUUCAAGGUGGUGGUCUAUUUGUGGCUCUUGUCUGUCAUUGGCAGCUUCUUCUCCUUCUUCACAAUUGCAUAUAUCGGAACCAUCUUAUUGAUUACGGUUCCAGCGUUAUACAGCAAAAAUGAUGAACGUGUUGAUAGAUAUUGUGGAAUUAUUCAAAAACAGUUGUCUAAGCAUUAUAAAAUAGUCGAUGAGAAUGUCUUUAGCAGACUGCCUCGAAACUCAUCCAAGGACAAGGAUUUGUAAUUCUUAUAUAUAUCUUACUUGUUGGCAUCAUAUUUUACCUGUUUUUCGAGCAAGUAGUAUGUAAUGGGGCUUACGUACCAUUUCUGUUAAAUGUUUAGUUUUUUUUUUUAAAAAAAAAUUGAGAGCCCCACUAAAAAAUAACAACAAUUAGUCAUUUUGCCCACUGACUA